CUUAAGACGCUUUUUUGUAAAGACGACUUCAAUUGCAUAUCGUGGUGCUAUCUACAUACAUAUGUAUGUAAAUACAUAUUUACAAGUAUUUUUCUUUGGUUUUUGAAAGUUUUCUUACGCUACGCUGAAGGCGGCGGACUUGAGUACUUAGUCGCGUUUUUGCCAUUUUAACUGCAUAUCUGCUAUUGUUGGCUUUCAAGUUCACGUAGUAGCAUAACUCGUAUGUAAUAACAAUUAGAAUCGCGUUGUAAACGCAAAGUCCAAGCACGUAAAAUAGCAUAUGUAAUGGUAGUAAUUAUUAAAAUGAUUAAUUAAUUAAUUAAUUCAUGGUGCAUGUGUAACAAAGCAAAUACAUUGAUGUAUGUACGUACGUAUGUACAUUUGAAGUGUAGUGAUUUUUGAAUUUGAUUUUGAUAUCUUUAAGCAAACUGCAUGAACAACAAACACACCCGUUUUCCGCGUAGAAAAAAUUUUGAAAAUAUUUUUGUGUACGUAAAAUGAGUUUGGGUGGUGAUAAAACGUUCAAGAUGAGAAUGCGCGACAUGGAAAACGCUUUCAAAUAUCGCCGGAUACCAUAUCCAAAGAGAUCCGUUGAACUCAUCGCUAUAUUGGCCAUAUCCUGCACAUUUUUCCUUUUUAUGCAUACAAAUAAAUUAAAUAGUCGCCUCAAGGAGAUGGAAGUGAAAUUACAACCAUCGGAAUUUUCAGCACUCGGCUUAACUGGUAAUCACAUCAAUUCCAGAGAAUCAAAACGUGAUAAUAUCAAUACACUUCAUGGCACAUAUCAAUACCUAAAAAGUACUGGCCAGAUGCAAUCACUAAACGCGCUGGAGUUGAACAACACGCGCAAAGCGGAGCUGGACUUAGUUUUCUUCAAUCGCGUUCCAAAAGUUGGUAGUCAAACAUUUAUGGAGCUGCUGCGUCGUCUGUCGGAGCGUAAUAAUUUUCAAUUUCAUCGCGACGCUGUGCAAAAGGUCGAGACCAUACGGCUGGCCGAAGAUCAGCAACAGGAAUUGGCCGAGGUGAUAAGCGAUUUGCCAGAGCCAUCUGUAUUUAUCAAGCAUGUGUGCUAUACAAAUUUCACCAAAUUCAAUUUGCCCUUGCCGAUUUAUGUGAAUGUUGUAAGAGAUCCAAUUGAACGUGUGAUUAGUUGGUUUUACUAUGUACGCGCUCCCUGGUACUUUGUUGAGCGCAAAGCUGCUUUCCCCGACUUGCCG